AUGCCGAAACCUCAAUAUUCCCAAAAAUUUAGGGAUUCUUGGCUUCAAGAUCCCGAUUUAAAAGAAUGGCUUCAAGCAGUUGAAAGUACCGCUGGCCAAGUAGCAAAAUGCAAGUUUUGUGGAACGAUAUUAAGAAGUCACUACGGAGAUUUAAAAACACAUGCUCUUUCGAAAAACGCCAACAAAAUAGAAAGUAUAUAUUUGUUUUGGACUCAACUUAAAUCUAAAGAAGAUUUUGAUAAAGGCAGACUGAACUUCUCAGCUAUAGGUGCAAGGUAUGGAUAUCCCGUAGAAGAAUCAGAUGUAGUCACGGAAGAUGGAUACAUUUUGAAAAUAUUUCACAUAGCUGGCAAUAAGAGAAGACCAGUGCUUCUCUUAAACGUGUUCGUCUACUCCGCUGACACGUUUAUUAUCAGAGGAAACAAGUCCUUAGACAUAACUCUCACAAACAAUGGCUACGAUGUAUGGGCUCUUAAUGCAAGAGGUACAAGAUAA